UGUCACUUCCGGAAAGCCCUCAAAAGAAGACCUGUGACAUUCAACCUUCGCAUGCUGAACGGAGAAAAGUAUUAUAAUGAAUACGAUUAUGACAUCUUUUUCCCGUCUGAGAGGACUAGCACAUUUAAACAGCAUUUCAGCGGGAAACCUUGCAGUAAUUGGGAAUCCUCACCUCAGGUUAUUUAGCAACUGGCUCGCCCCCAGAGCUGCUGUGGAUUACCGGAUUUCAAGUAUAGGGCCGCAUUCUUCUCAAACUGAGGGUGCAGGCAUCUUCCAGCAGCUCCCGUGGCAACACCAGCAAGUUCGAACCAAGAAAAGAGGCACUGAGUAUCAGCCCAAAAACCUCAAACGCAAAAGGACCCACGGCUGGAUAAAGAGGCUCAGCACAAGAGGAGGUGUUGAGGUGCUCCUCCGCCGCAUGUUGAAGGGACGCAAAUCACUGUCACACUGAUCCCUGUUGGAAAGGAGGACUUUGAGAUGUAAACUUUACCAACUCUGGAGGUUUACUGGAAGCACUGAGGAACUUGUGUGGAAAAGAGAUACUAGGCGUGGGUUGGCUUCCCAAGUUCAUCCUUAAUGGGUGGGAGGGAUUGAAACUUUCAGAAACUGAGCCUUGAGAAUUAGGUAGUUUCUCUUUCACCAAGUUAUGUGUCGCCUUGUGUGAAUGAAAU